AUGCCAUCACAUCAGCCGCCUUCGCGCCCUUCCUUGGAUGUUACCCAGGUAACAGCGCUGCCAGCAGUCUAUGUCGGAACGCAUCCGAUUGACAGAUACAAGUGGGUGAGAGAUGUUGCUGAUGGCUGGAUCGGAAUGUUCUUCCGCCGACUCGAGAGCCCGUCGAGGCCCCAGUUUGUUACGGUCCAGGAAGCGCCGGACCUCACCAUCACGCAGUUCGAAGCCUUGGCGAAGCCGCUCCAUCCGAACAUGGUGCAGCUUUUUGGCCUUUUCUUAAGUGAUAGAAUGUACAGAACAUACGAGCUUGUAGGCUUGAACGUCUUCGAACUUGACCUCACAUGCGAGCGGGAGAUUGCUGCCGUCCUGUCUCAGCUUCUUUCUAGCGUCGAAUACCUUCAAUCGCUAUCUGAGCGACUCGGGAUUCGGAGCAUCCGCGUUUCCACCUCGGGCGUUAUCAAAAUCGUACCCGACUUCGCGACGAUCUCGAUGCCUGGUGUUGUCUUGGGGAAGGCCUUAGUGUUGUCCCACGAGACAGUGGCAGCCUUUUUGCAACAAGUCGUCGUUCGGCUUGGCACAGGCAUAACUCAAUGGUCGAACGAAGCACUCGAGUUCCUUGAAAUCUUGAAGGCGGGUCUUCAGCCGAGCAGCACAAUCAGAGGGGCCGAAUGCCUUGAGACGAGCCGUCCGGCUUUCCUACAAAUGUGGGACAUCGGGAAGCAAGUCCCACGAAACCGUGGCUGCAAGUAG